CCGCCCGGGUGGCUGGAGCUCGUGGGGCCGGGCGAGCGGGCGAGCGGGGCGCGCGGCGGUUACUCUGGUUACGGGCCCGCCUGCGAGGGAUGCUCUGACGGACGGACGGACGCACGCACGCCCUCCGGAGACGGCCUCUCACCCCCGAGGAAGGCGGGCGGCGGCCGGGCAGGCUCCGGGCCGUGAGUGCGGGGCUUGCGGAGGAGAAGUCUCCGGGGAGAGCGGCGCCGCCCCCGCUCCAGCCGCGCUCCGGGACUCCCGGGCCAUCUUUUGUUGGAGAAGGCGGCCGGCCGGGCAGUGUCGCUUAGGGGCAGCGCUCCCGGCACCCCGGUCCCUCCUGCCGAGCCCCUGCUGCUGCUGACAAAAGACCGUUUGCAGCCCGGCGAGCGGACCUCGACGUCCCCCAGCUCGGGAGAGAGAGGGACAGAGAGACCCGAGUGUCACUUGGCUGGGCGGAGAGCUGCGAGCAGGCUUCGGACGCUGCGUCUUAACUCCCGGACAACUUCAGAUCACGGUUGUGUGUUCAGAAAUCGAUCUCAUCUGACGCGUGAUCCUGAAACUAUCGACAGGAAGGAGCUGGACCGCUGUCCCCGAGCCCCCUUUGAGAAGCGCAUUGUGGGGAGAGCGUUUUAAUCACCAAGGAAAACAAGACCACCCUCUCCCCCCCAAAAAAAAACCCAAACAAACCAAAACAACCCCGAAUCCUCAGCCUUGGCCACCAGAGAAGCCUUUUGAGCCAUGUGGACUUUCCUUGGCAUCGCCACCUUCACCUAUUUUUACAAGAAAUGCGGGGACGUCACCCUGGCCAACAAGGAACUGCUGCUGUGCGUGCUGGUGUUCCUGUCGCUGGGCCUGGUGCUCUCCUACCGCUGUCGCCAUCGGAACGCGGGCCUCCUCGGGCGCCAGCAGAGCGGCUCCCAGCUCGCCGCCUUCUCGGGCUUUCUCUCCGCUUUGCCUCUGAUUGGCUUCUUCUGGGCCAAGUCCCCCCCUGAGUCCGAAAAGAAAGAGGAGCCCGAGUCCAGUAAGUGCCGAAAAGAAACCAAUAAUUCAGAAACAACAUUGACAGGAGCAGCUACCUCAGUGGCAGCACCUUCUCUGAAUGAUCCGGAAGUUAUCAUCGUGGGGUCUGGUGUCCUUGGCUCAGCUUUGGCGACGGUUCUUUCCAGAGAUGGACGAAAGGUGACGGUAAUCGAGAGAGAUUUAAAAGAGCCUGACAGGAUCGUUGGCGAGCUUCUGCAGCCAGGCGGCUACCGUGUCCUUAAAGAGCUGGGCCUCGGAGAUACAGUGGAGGGUUUUAAUGCCCAUAUGAUACACGGCUACAUAGUCCAUGAUUACGAGAGCAGAUCUGAAGUGCAGAUUCCCUACCCGGUUUCGGAAAACAACCAAGUCCAGAACGGAGUUGCUUUCCACCAUGGCAAGUUCAUCAUGAGUCUCCGCAAAGCAGCUAUGGCAGAGCCCAAUGUGAAGUUUAUAGAGGGCGUCGUCCUUCAGUUACUAGAGGAAGACGACGCGGUGACAGGGGUACAGUACAAGGACAAGGAGACUGGAGACACCAAGGAGCUCCACGCCCCGCUGACUGUUGUUGCAGAUGGGCUUUUCUCCAAGUUCAGGAAGAACCUCAUCUGCAGUAAAGUCUCUGUUUCAUCUCACUUCGUGGGUUUCCUUAUGAAGAAUGCGCCACAGUUUAAAGCCAAUUUUGCUGAACUUGUUCUGCUCAACCCAAGUCCAGUUCUAAUCUACCAGAUCUCAGCCAGCGAGACCCGGGUGCUUGUUGACAUCCGCGGGGAGAUGCCGAGGAACUUAAGAGAGUACUUGGCUGAGCAGAUUUACCCCCAAAUACCUGACCACUUGAAGGAGCCAUUCCUGGAGGCCUCUCAGAACGCUCGUCUGCGGACCAUGCCAGCAAGCUUCCUCCCUCCUUCCCCAGUGAACAAACGAGGCGUUCUCCUUCUGGGUGAUGCAUAUAACCUGAGGCACCCUCUCACUGGUGGAGGGAUGACAGUCGCCUUAAAGGAUGUGAAACUAUGGAGGAAACUGCUGAAAGGCAUUCCGGACCUUUGUGACGAUGCUGCUGUUUUCCAGGCCAAGAAGUCAUUCUAUUGGUCGAGAAAAAGGACUCACUCCUUUGUGGUGAAUGUGCUGGCCCAGGCUCUGUAUGAAUUAUUUUCUGCUACAGACGAUUCCUUGCAUCAGCUCCGAAAAGCUUGCUUUCUUUAUUUUAAACUUGGUGGAGAAUGUGUGACGGGUCCUGUUGGGCUGCUUUCUGUACUGUCUCCUCACCCGCUAGUGCUGAUCCGACACUUCUUUGCCGUCGCCGUCUAUGCCACGUAUUUCUGCUUUAAAUCAGAGCCUUGGGCGACAAAGCCCCGAGCCAUUUUCAGCAGUGGUGCUGUGUUGUACAAAGCGUGUGCUGUAAUAUUUCCUCUCAUCUAUUCAGAAAUGAAGUAUCUGGUUCACUGACGCGGAACCGCUUGCAAGUCAAGCCCAUAAAGAGGAUGUACAUAGCCCAGAAGUGUGGGACUUGUCCGGAGGAGACUCGAGGACCAAGCUGUGUAUAAGCGUGUAAAUAAUGCCUUACUUGACAAUGAGAAUGAAGGGUCACAUGAGCUAGUGUUUAAAGGAUGAUUCUUUCCACAGAUCAGGGCUAGCACCGGAGUCUUCUUUUGACUUCAGUGUCUGGGGUGAUUCACUGGGACAUGCAAAUAAAGUGAAGAGUGAACUCUUU